AUGUACUGCAUCUUCGGGGGCCUCGUCUGGAUCCUGGUUGCCUCCACGAAGGUCAUGUUCCCCAUGCUGCAAGGCUGGGUGAUGUUCGUCUCUGUGCUCUGCUUCGUCAUGUCCACCACCCUCCUGUGCCUCUACCUCUGCGGGGCACAUGGUGGCAGCUGCUCCUGGGUCACCUUGGACGUCUUCUGCCAGGGAACAUCCGCUCUCUUCUACCUCAGCGCCGCCGUGCUGCAAGCCUACGUCACCUACGCGGUCCGUGGUUUUUCUUCCACCUUUCUGUACGCCGUCUACCAGGAGAACAUUGCUGCGGUGGUAUUUGCAUUCUUAGCUACCCUGAUGUACGUGAUCCAUAAGGUGUACUCGCUGCUGCGAUGGAAAUCAUCCUGAGUCUCCCCUCGCAAGCCUGCCGUGUGGUCACCCACAAACAGGAGCUGUUCAACGACUGCAGUUUCUGGGCUGGGGUUGGGUUUUGUUUUUCAAUGUAUAGGCUAUAAACAAGCAGCUUGGUAA